CUAUGAUGGAGCCCAAAAGCGUUGGAUAGACGAUCGGGCUCUCCAACGUUAAACCCUGGGGAAGUUAGGGUUUUAUGGCUGCAGUUUACAGUUCCCGCUGGAGUCUUGAAUCAUACCGGUUAUCUUUGUACUUUGUUUCCAAACCCUAAUUCAUUCCGCCAACGCAUACCGUUUUUGAUUUCCUUUUUUGUUAUAUGUGGAUAUGUUUCCCCUCAAUAAAGGAAAUUUUGAUUUUGAUUUUGAUUUGACUUCAGUUACAAUGUUGCUUUUCUGAUUUCUAAUUUCCAAUAAGAGCAAUAAAUACUGGGUAGCAAAAGAGAGAGAAAUCUUUCUUCUUGCUCAGUAGUAAAGGAGAGGAAGAGAAAUCUUUCCUUGCCCCAGUAAUUAAUUUAAAAAAAAAAGGUAGAGAUAUUAUGUUGUAAAAAACAUCGGAGAUGUCAGAGAAUAUCCAUCAAAUUCAAAGCGAUUGUAUUCAAAAUUCUAGAGUGACAUGGGAAGGUUGCAGUGUCUUGCUCGAUAUAAACGAUGGAGACCGUCUGGUGUUUGCUCGUCUCUCCGCCGGCGCGUAGGAAACUGAAAAUUGGGAAUAAGAAUUGCUCUCUGCAGCCCUUGAUUGGUUGCGCAUUCGGCUCCGUGUUCCGUGUUGAAACUGGAACAGGAGGAGAGCCAUAUUUAUCCAUCUUUAAUCCCUCUGUUAAAGGUAAUAAUAUUCAGGACAUAGGUGAUUGCCAAACCGCAGAUGAGUUAAGAGACAAUCGAGUGUUAAUUGAUGAUAAUAAAGCUCAAAGCCUAACUGGUGAAGACAUAAAUGAAAUGCGAAGACAGGGUGCAACAGGUGAUGAAAUAGUUGAAGCUCUCAUUGCCAACAGUUCAACAUUUGAAAAGAAAACAUUGUUCUCUCAGGAAAAAUAUAGGAUUAAGAAGCAAAAGAAAUAUGCACCCAAAGUGCUUUUGAGGCGCCCUUUUGCGCGAAGCAUAUGUGAGGCUUACUUCAAGAAAUAUCCUUCUAGAAUUGGGUUCUUGAGAGUGGAUGCCUUAUCACUUCUUCUAUCCAUGGCUAAUGUUUCUGCAAAUUCUGAUGUCCUUCUGGUGGAUAUGCUUGGAGGUCUUCUUACUGGUGCUGUGGCAGAGCGUUUGGGAGGUGUGGGUUCUGUGUGCAAUACAUAUCUUGGAAGUACACCUUAUCCUAUGGAUAUAGUUAGGAUAUUUAACUUCAAUAAUGAGAUUUGCAAGAGGUAUUUUUCCAAUCAGAUUCCAUCAUAUAAAGUAUGCUCUCUUUGGGGAAUGUUUGAAAAUCAAGGCAUUGUGCGGUCUUCUCUUGAUGAUCUUUCCUCUACCCAAAAUGGAAGUCAGGAACAAAUUGCUGAGCAUAAGGAUUCUGGUAACAUGAAAAGCAGCAUUAGUGACCAAAUUUCUUCGCCGGUUAGCAUGGAAGAAAUUUCUAUUGCACCUGAAAAUGGUAUAUCUGAUUUCUCCCACGCUACCAUUUCUCCAGUAACGAAAAGUUGCAGAUCCUUGAAAGCUGGAGAGAAAGCGCAACCUGAAGUCAUUAAAUUGUGGAAAGAAAACGGUUUUACUAGCCUAAUAAUUGCUGCACCAGACCUGAACACUUGGCGUUUAGUUAAAGAUCUCUUGCCGCUUUUGUCAAAUUCAGCUCCUUUUGCAAUUUAUCACCAGCAUCUUCAGCCUCUUGCUAUAUGCAUGCACAAACUACAGAUCGAGAAAAUGGCAAUUGGAUUGCAAAUUUCAGAACCUUGGUUGCGAGAAUAUCAGAUCCUUCCAUCAAGAACCCAUCCGUGCAUGCAGAUGAGUGCAUUUGGUGGCUACAUUCUCAGUGGAAUCAAGAUUAAUAGCAGCAACUAAUUUCAUCUUCAAAGGCAAUAAAAUUUGCAGUGUGUGUCCAGUCGUCCAUGUUGUUUUGUAAGCAAAAUAACUGGCGUAUGUAUUUUAUGUUUUUCAUUUUCAAUUUAUUCAGUGAACCUUCAAGUCCUGCAACUUAAAAAAAAAAAAAAAAAAAUCAAUGUGGGGUUGUAAUCUGGUUUCAUUGUAACAUAUUUAUUUGUGCCAAAUUAUUUUAUCUAAUAAGAUAAUGGUAGUUCAAGA